AUGGAGGAGGAACAGGUUGGGCGCCGCGCGACAAGGAGGAUGUCUAAACAGAUCGAUAGGGAGGGUGGUGGCGACGCUAAAAAAACUAAUGCGUCCGUCGCGCGUGGCAUUGGGCUGGAAAAAGUGGCGGCAAAUAAGGUCGAGCGCGGUCAAGAGAAGUCCGGCAAGAAGAAGGAAGACAAGGGGAAGCAACCAACGCCACGCAAGCGUGUUUCUACUGUGAACAAAGAUGCGGAUGUUGCCUUUGCUGGAACCAAGCCCGGUACGAGUAACGAUGGCACCACUGGCGGCAACGAAGAUCCGGCGCGAGGGAGCGCGAGUCUUGCAGUCCCGUCGGCGGAGAGGGAGGGAUCGGCGACAGGGGGAAACCCCGGAGGCGAUUCCAGCGCUGAGCAUGCCGCAACCAAGGAGUCCGAGGCGGAGGCAUCGCAACACCAUCUGACGCUGCUCCAGCCGACCGUGGUCAAAGUUUCUGCAGCCGUGCUGGAUAAGGACAAGGUGGGGGAGCACGAGUCGAUGGAGGAUCCUAACCACAGCAUCGCCAACAUCGUUGGCUCUCCUCCUUCUGGUGGACGGGGGAGGCGUAGGCAGGAGAAGAGCGAUGGGGAGGACGAUUAUGACACCACCAUGCCCGGGGACAUCACCACGCGGGCAAAGAGGCGGCAGACGACACGACAGAAGUUGGGACAACGAGAGGCACCAGGGAAGCACUCGGCAAGGCGGGCGGUCAUGCAUUGCGCCAGAAGGGCCGACCCGCAGCAAGAAAACCAUCCUGCGAAAGGAGGGGCAAGAAAGGAGGACGAAGAGGAGGAGGAGGAGGACGACGACGAGGAGGGCGGCGACGAGGAUGAGGAAGAGGAGGAGGAGGAGGAGGAGGAGGAGGAGGAGAAGGAGGAGGAGGAGGAGGAGGAGGAGGAGGAGGAGGAGGAGGAGGAGGAGGAGGAGGAGGAGGAGGAGGUGGCGGCAGUGAAGGGACGGGGCGGGCGUGGCAGACGGUAUUGA